AUGACAAGUUCACCGUCUCAGUUUGAGCUCAAAUCUUUACAAAAUGGCGGAAUUAACAGAGUGCAUGAAGGAUUCCCUCUGCGCAGUGACGUGAAGGAGAAGAUGAUCCCUAUAUUUAGCGCCUUCAUAAAUAAUAUCUCUUCAGUCCUUGAAGACUUGGUAGCGGAACCAAGAGUAGCUUUGGACGAAAAUGAACAAGAAUUCCAGGAAUUCUUAAGCGAGGUGUUAGGCUUUAAGAGACAGAUCUCAAGCAUUUUAAAGGUACUAUCAAGGGAUCAGAUUAAGGUGGCAUUCAUUGGACAAACCAGCAAUGGAAAGAGUACCACAUUAAACGCCAUAUUACAAAGUGACUUCUUACCAAUGGGAAUGGGCUGUACUACAAACUGUUUUCUCAGUGUACAUGGUUCAGAUUCACCAGUUCCAUAUAUUUGGGUUCCAGGCAGUGAUGGCAAAAAGAAUAUGCCAUUAGAUGAACUUACCUGUACCUUAAGCAAAGGAAAGCUUGGUCCUGGCAGUCUUGUUGCAGUGUAUUACCCAAAGUCUAGUUGUAAUAUUUUAUCAGAGGAUGUUGUUUUGGUGGAUAGUCUUGGUAUAGAUGUGAGCCCUGAUCUUGAUAUGUGGAUAGAUGAGUACUGCUUGGAUGCUGAUGUGUUUGUCCUGGUUGCUAAUGCUCAGUCAACACUUGCGUUUGCGGAGAAAAACUUUUUUCGCAAAAGGAAUCAGCAUCUUCCAAGACCAAACAUCAUCAUUCUAUAUAACAAAUGGGACGUAUGUGCAUCAGAACCUGAUAAGAUGGAGCUGGUGAAAAAUCAACAUCUCAGUCAGAGCACUAAUUUCCUUGUUGAUGAGCUCCAGUGUGUAGACAAAGAACUGGCUGAAGACAGAGUGUUUUUUGUCUCAGCUAAAGAGACCUUAAUGAGCAGAGUGCAGGAACACCAAGGAAUGCCUCAAGGAGGUGGUGCCAUUCAUAAUGAAGGAUUUCUUGCUCGACAGAUGCAGUUUAAGAACUUUGAGCGCAAAUUUGAGGAGUGUAUUUCUCAGUCACACAUAGAAACCAAGUUUAAACCUCUUGUGGACAGUGGAUUGGAAAUGGCAAACAUGUUAAAGGAUCGUAUGGAACAAGUAGAGGGUUCUGAAUUUCAGAAAAGAUCUCCACUGGAGAAAGCUAAGAAGGAGGUAGAGAAUAGUCUGAAGUAUGUGAAGGAACAGCUUGAAUUAUGUAAAUGUGAGGUGAAAUGCCUGAUCAAUGAAAUCACUUCUAAAGUUGAGGCUCAGAUAACUGAGGCUUUAAAAGAAAAGAUUGCUCGACUGGGCUCGAUGGUGAACGAGUUUGAUCAUCCAUCCCCAGCUCAUCCUUCGUUCCUUGGGUCAUAUAAAGAGAAUCUGUGCAAUCACCUUGAGAGUGGCUUAGGAAGGCAUAUGAUGGCUUCUUCUUCAAAUUUUCUUGUGAUUUGUCAGGCACAUAAACAAAUGGCAGAUCGCUUUGGUAGGAUUCUUUCGCCUAAAACACCAGAGUUAUCUCUUGAGCUCGUCACUCCAGCUCUUGAUUUCCAAGCGAAUUUCAAACUGACUGUGACCCGUCUGUGCAAUGAUUUUUGUGGAGAUGUGGAGUUUCGCUUCUCUCUUGGCUGGCAAGCGAUUUUGAGGAAGGUCUUGGGGCAUCAACAUGCUGAACAAGCCAGCACGACACUCACUGCUUUACUGUUCAGCAUAGUUGGAGGACUGAUUUGGAAGACUGUAGGAUGGUGGUUAACGGCUUUGUGUGGUGGGUUAUACGUUGUAGUGUAUGUAAUUGAGUGGGUAUAUUGGGACUUUGGUGGAAGAGAUAAAGCUCUCAAACGACAGCUUGUGGACUACGCCUCUAAAGAGCUUCUGUCACAAGUCAGCGUCAUUGCCGCUAAGUGCAGUGGACAAGUGCAACAAGAACUGACGUCAACCUCCGCGAAGUUUGAGUCUCUGGUCCAGAAACAAGUGGAAAAUUUGGAAAGAAAGAAAGCCGAACUUCAUGAAAAAAUAGCAAGCCUUAAAAAAAUCGAAAACAAUGCGAAAAUGUUAAGGAAAAGAGCAAGUUGGUUCAAAAACGAACUAUCCCGAUUCAUCACUGAGUUUGGAAAAGAGCAAGAUUUGAAAUCUGAUGAAGUAGGACGCCCUGGAAUAUAG